ACAAUGACUAAUGUUAAGGAGACUUCGUGUAGGCUUUGUCUUAAAAAUAUAACCAAUAAAAGUUUUGAAGUGAUAAACAACAUUAUCAGAGACAUUCUAGAUGGCCUUUUACUGAAAUUGAAACUUGAUAGCGGAAGCAAAGAGGUUAUAUGUAGUGCUUGCAGAAGAAAGUUAAACACGGCAUUAGAAUUUAAGUCAACGUGUCUGAACACCAAUAACACAAUUAUUCCUUAUGUGGAUAACGAAAAAAUGUUACGGCUUGACUUAAGGGAAGUGUACAUGCAGGAAAAGAAAAGUGAAUUAGUUUGCAGUCAGAAAAUAUGUCGGUUGUGUAUGCAUCCAAUAAAAAGUGAAUUUAGAUGCAUACGUGAAGAGGAACUUGAAACUAUUCAGAAAUUGACUCCUGAAAUGAAUGUAAAUAUCAUCAAAGAUCCCGUUGUGUGUAAUCCAUGCUUCGACUCUCUGUGCACCCACAACAGUUUCCUAAAAGAUUGCUUAGAGGUAGAAGAAAAAAUUAAUAGUAUUUUUGACAGUUCAGCCACAGAAACCCAAAUAGAUAAGUCUCCACUUGAUUUAUUCAUAAAGACUGAAGACUUAGACAAAGAAUUCGAUAUUAAUGAAACGGGAAUGUCGAUCAAAGCUGAAUGUGUUGACAUAAAGUCGGAAGAUGAGGAAGGCAGCAACACGUCAGUGCAAAGCUCUGAUAUGGUACUAUUCAAGGAGAGUUAUUGUAAAGAUGAAGAAGACGGAUGUAAACUUGAGAAUGGAUCAGAAAUGAAAACCAAACAGGAACACAAAGUAUUGUACAAAUGUGAUAAAUGUAUUUAUGAAACUGGAAGUGGGGUCCCGGAAGUGUAUAAAUGUGAGUCAUGUGAGUAUAGAACUGAAAAUAAGAAAUUACAUCAGAGGCAUUUGUUGCGGAAUAAAGCUUCUUCACAGGUUCAAAUGUACAAGUGUAACUACUGUGAUUAUGAAACUAAAUACAAGAGUCAUAUCAACCAGCAUCAACUGAGGCAUAAGGAUCCUUCGCAGGUAGAAAUGUAUAAGUGUAACGACUGCCAUUAUGAAACUAAAUACAAGAAUGUUAUAAAACAGCACCAACUGAAACAUAAAGACACUUCACAAGUUCAAAUAUAUAGGUGUAACGACUGCUCCUACGAAACUAAAUACAAGAAUUAUAUCAAACAGCACCAACUGAAACAUAAAGAUCCUUCCCAGGUUCAAAUUUACAGGUGUAACGAAUGCGUUUAUGAAUCUAAAUAUAAGAAUAACAUGAAAAAGCACCAACUGAAGCAUAAAAAUCCUUCGCAGGUACAAAUGUACAGAUGCAACGACUGCAGUUAUGAAACUAAGUACAGGGAGAGUAUAAGACAGCACCAACUGAAACAUAAAGAACAAAUUUACAAGUGUAACGACUGUGAUUAUGAAACUAAAUACAGCGGUUACAUCAGAAAACAUCGACUGAAACAUAAAGAUCCUUCAGAGGUUCAAAUGUACAAUUGUAACGACUGUGAUUACGAAACUAAAUACAAGAAUCAUAUCAGCCAGCAUCAACGUAAGCAUAAAGAUCCUUCGCAGGUACAAAUGUAUAAGUGUAACGACUGCGAUUAUGAAACUAAAUACAGGUGUCGUAUUGAGCAGCAUCAAUUGAAACAUAAAGAUUCUUCACAAGUUGAAAUAUACAGGUGUAACGACUGCUUCUAUGAAACUAAAUAUAGGGCUCGUCUUAAGCGGCAUCAGUUGAAACAUAAAGAUCCUUCACAAGUUCAAAUAUACAAGUGUACAUAUUGCUCCUAUGAAACCAAAUACAAGAAUUAUCUCAAACAGCACCAACUGAAACAUAAAGAUCCUUCCCAGGUUCAAAUGUACAGGUGUAACAGUUGCGACUUUACAACUAAGUAUCAAAGUUAUAUCAAACAGCAUCAAUUGAAACAUCUAAAUGUACAAGUGUAAUGUGCAAUUUUGAAACUAGAUGCAGAAGCAAUAUCAGAUAUCGCAUCGUCUGGCGCAGAGAGCCUUCUUGCAAAUGUACCAGUACGCUUUGCUAGCAACCAAUCACAAGGAUUCUUUAAGACCUCAAAUGGUGCACAAAAAAGUUCACAGGUGUAAUUUACUGCUCACUGAAGUGCAAAAUUAAUAGUGAGGCAUUUGAAAGUGACGAGUGUGAAUAUGUAUGAAAAACUUUACGCAAACAGAGGCCAAGUGAUGUUUGGACUAGCAUUUGUAGAAAUCGCCUAAUGUGUAUUUAUGAAUUGAAAGGUACCUACACACUUUUCCUGUUUCACACAUUGUGACAAUCUGCUGAUUGACAACGGUUCAUAACUCAUUGUAGUCGAAUCGCUCUAGUCAAAAUUGUAUUUGAAGGUGUCAUUAAUUCCGAAGUACACAAUUUUUUACAUGUAGCUAGUUUUUUGUUAGCAAUUGUUCUGCACGGGAGCGGAUCGAGAAAAUUUGGAAAAUGACAGGAAAACUGCAAAGAAUCUUUUUUCGUGAUUGACUUGAAAAUAAUUAGGGGUUUCACAAACUCCUUUUUUUCGUGUUUCUCAAACUUUUAAAAAUAUCGAAUCAAAAAGUUUGAAGUUUGAAAGUUUGCAGCUCCCCCUUUCGAACAAACUUUGUUUCGUGCAUUUUCAUCAAGAAAUAGUAGUGGCACAUUUAGCAUCGCUUUGAAAUAUGAGUUUCUCUGACUGAUUUGCGUAAAAAUCGUCGUUAUUUUCUAUAAAUUCAGAGAUAUGCCCUAAAUAACGGCACUGUACGAAAAAAUUGCACGUUUGCGAAACUCUCAAGAAACUUUUCAAGUUAUUCAUGGACCACUUUUGUUGCGGUUGUCCGGCCAUUUCCCGAAUUUUCCAGUUCGCUCCUGUGCACAGUUUUUUUUCCGUCAUCUAGUAGCAAAAUACUAGUCAUAUGCAAAAAAUUGUGCACUUUGCCAUCUCAAAAUCUCUAGCAACUGGGCUGUCACCGUAAUUGGAAGAGCAAAAUUUAAAUAUUAAUAUGCGAUUAUGGUUCCAUGAAAUUUUCAAUGGACGAGAAGAAUAUAUGUUAGCCUUAACAGUAGUUUGCAAAACAUUAUUAUUUUUUAAAACAGAAAUUUUUGAAAACAAAAAAGCAUUUUAAGCGUUUUAAUCAUUUACCAAUAUAGCUUAGUACACUACGAUCCAGCCAAGUGAACGUAAUGUGUAGCUCACUUAAUAUUUAGUUAGCAUAUACAUGAAAUAGUUUAUUUAAUAGAAUUAUAACGAGCGUUCAAAUAAAAACGUGGUCGAAGUUGGCUCUGACACAUUGGACAUAGGGAGUAGCAUGGAGACUAUACAAGGAGCCCGAACUCCAUGUAAACAAAAAUCAAACAAAAAUAAGAGGGCACUAGUGUUCCAUAUGUCCCAU